AUGUCUGAAAGUCCGAAAGACAAACCAGCAAGCGAAAACAUGGCUGCUAAGGUAGAGGCCUCAAACCCUCCUGGACCGCCGUCGGACAUCGAGCGUGAUGGCAAACCAAUGGCCACACCUGCCUAUACUGCGUUUUCUCCGUCGAGAAGGACAUUCAUCCUGACUGUGGUUACCGUUGCAGGUUUCUUUGGGCCUUUGGCCGGAAACAUCUACUUACCUGCGCUCCCGGUACUCACUGACGAGUUCAAUGUCAGCACAACUGCCAUGAAUAGUACAGUCUCGGUUUUCAUGGUCGUCUUCGCGUUUGGGAUUGUUGAGCCAAAAAAACGCGCAAGAGCAAUGUCGUACUUCCUACUUGGUCCACAGUGUGGCCCAAUAUUGGGGCCAGUGUUGGGAGGAGCCUUUGCAGGGCAAGCAUCUUGGAGGUGGAUUUUCGGCUUCCUGGUGGUUCAUCGCAUUGAUGCAACGUUAGCGAUAUCCGCAUUCGUCCUUUGGCUCGUAAUCAUCGCCGCCCUACCUGAAACGCUCCGAGCUAGAGUAGGGAAUGGCAAGAUAUUCCACGAACGUGGUUGGAUAUUGUGGCCGCCAACUCCAUUCUCCCAACUUGCUCCUGAAUCCGAGCGCGGGCCGCCACCACCGAAGCCAACACUGAAAGGCUAUUGGCAGUUGUUCAAAUAUCCUCCGAUCGGAAUCGUCUGUUUCGAUACCGCUAUACUCUACUCAUCGUACUUCUGUAUUGCCAUUCAGCUCCCUACGGCACUGCAAGGCGUUUACCAUUGGUCCACAGCAAGCGUUGGUGCAGGCUAUCUGGUUGUUGGAAUCGCCAUGGUAAUAGGUUCCGUGACUGGAGGCCAUUUCUCGGAUUGGCGGCGAGCGCGUCUGGCGAAGACACUGGGGGAGAAGAAUAUUCCCCCUGAAACUAGACUGAUUGACCAAAUCUGGGGGGUCCUCCUUUUAGCUGCUGGCCUUUUGAUGUUCGGCUGGUUUGUUGAUAGAUCAAUCCACCCAGCAGCAACACUUGUGUCUACAUUUUUGACCGGGUUUGGGAUGUCCUGGACCUUUGUUGCCUCAAAUGCAUUCCUCACAGAGUGCGUCGCCCAGCAGGCUGCUGGAGCCUUUGCGCUGGGAAACAUGCUUCGAAGCCCAGGGGCUGCAAUUGCUGCAGCGAUAAUCGCACCACUUGUGACUCGGAUGGGUUGGGGAUGGUGCUUCACUGGGCUGUCCAUAUUGAAUUUGGUGGUGGUUGGUGCUGCGGUUAUUGUGCUGCGCGUAAAGUCGCCUUACUGGAGGAAAAAGAGAGAGGCUGGAAUGGCCUCGAAACGUACCAAGGCCUAG